CACGGCCUCUGUGCGUGUCGCAGGCCCAACGCGCAAUGGCCGCGCUUCUGCGUGCCCCGCUGUUUGUGCUGGGGGCUCUGGCCCUGGCCGGGAUGCUGAGCUCCGGCGGCGCCGCGAGCCCAGCCAGGCCCCCGCGCCUGUUGGGGGGCCUCCUGGAGGCCGACGCGAACGAGGAGGGCGUACAGCGCGCGCUGGAUUUUGCCGUCAGCGAGUACAACAAGGCGAGCAACGACAAGUUUCACCACCGCGUAGUGCGGUUGAAGGGCGCUCGGAAACAGCUCGUGUCUGGAGUGAAUUACUUCUUAGAUGUGGAGCUUGGACGAACCACAUGUACCAAGUCCCAGCCAAAUUUGACUACCUGCCCCUUCCAUGACCAGCCACACCUGAAGAAGAGAGUCCUCUGCUCUUUCCAGGUAUACACUGUUCCUUGGAUGAAUUCAACCUCCUUGACAAAAUCCAGUUGCCAGAACGCAUAGAGGGUUGCAUAGCUGAUUACAGUGCUGACUGCCUCUCGCCAUGCCCCUUGGGAGUGCAGUUACCUCUGCUUGUGCAUCUGAGCCUAUAGAGUAGUGAUCCUGCCAUAGCGAGGCUUGAAGUCUCUUUAGUGUUCCAGUACCAAAAGAAAAGUGAAGGUUUCCUACGUGUUUUGGGAAGAGCUAAGAGUUCAAACCCAGCUCCUUCCUUUUCGUUGCUUUUUAAAUGCUCCAGCCUCAUGCUGUCCCUGUUCUGCUCGUUUUAUUCAAUAAAAAGUUGCAUCAGCUA